UGUUAGCCAAUAAGCACAUGAUAAACAGGUACUCUUUUGAAACGUUGGAACAAGCUUGAUAGAGCACAUAUAUGUUGAUAUAAUACCAACCAACAAACGGUGAAUGAUGAUUAACCCACGUUCGUGGAUGUCUGACCUUCCCUCUCAUAUAUCACAGAAGGCCCUUAAUCUGAUAAGCAUUCCAGGUAGUCAUAAUUCAUCUACGUAUUCGAUUACUCAACGUAGUCCUCCUUCUCCUGAUGGUCCUAUUUCUCGUUUGGAUACAUGUUUACCUCGUCCAUUUUUAAGCCGAAUAUUGUAUCCUUGGAGUGUGACACAGUCACUAAGUUUAUUCGAUCAACUAGAAGCUGGGAUUCGAUAUUUUGACUUUCGUAUUUGUGUACGACAAAAACGUUUGAAUAAAUGUAAAAAUGGUGAAUCUGAAUUUUAUUUAGCACACGGACUGUACGCAAACCUGUUAUCUACAGAACUUCAGAGUAUUCUUGGUUUCCUCAAAGCCAAUCCGAGAGAAGUUCUUAUUGUGGAUUGUAAUCAUUUUUAUAAUUUUGAAACUGAUGAACAGAGAGAUUGUUUUCAAUCAACUGUUUUAAAGAUUUUAGGUAAUGUUAUGUUCCCUUAUAAAAACAAUAUUCCAACGUUAGAAGAACUUUGGAGUGCUAAGAAACAAAUCAUAUUUAUAUCCCGCCAUCGAAACCCCCCCGAGUGGAUCCAUCCAAACUUUUGGCCUUCUAGUAGUAUAGAAUCAUUUUGGCCGGAAACUGUUGGUCCACGGGCUAUGAUUUCAUACCUAAAUAAACAUAUUAAGUAAGGUUUAUUCAUCUUUUACUGCUGUUGUAAUUUUCUAUUUUAUUUACAAAUAUCUUGUUUGUCCUUAUGUCUGUAUUAGGUUCAGAUUUAUUGGUUUAUUUUUCUUUGUUACUCUUAUUUGAGAGAUUACUAUAAAUAAUAACUAUUGACAGUCGAUUGUUUUCUUGUUUCCUACCCCAAAAAAAUUAGAACUAAGAUCGGCUUUUUUAUAUGUAUCCUAAACUAUGUAGUUUUCCCGACCUGGCAAUAAGAAACAUUACUGUCUUUAUUUUUUGCAGUUUGUUUUUGGUUUUUAUGCAAGUUGGUAAAUUUUGAGAACAUACCGUCACACAAUAUAUCUUAGGAUUAACACAUAUGUGGGAUACUAAGAUGCUAUAUUAAGCUAUCAAUGUUAAAGUUGGCAAUAUUGCUUGUUAAAAAACAUCAGCAUAGAGGAUCAUCAAGUACCAGUCUAUAAAAUAAGCUUGUUAUAUGCAUCGGAGGAACUACACUACCUGUUCAUUUAAAUCAAAGUAGAUCUGUGAUGUUUGCUACUGAUAUCAACAUAUAUAAGUAGCAAGUAUCACUAAUCGAAAGUGAAAUGCCUGGUGGCAGAAGGUUAAGAAGAUCGAAGAGAAGAGAACGAGAACACGGAGUGGUUGGUACGGAAACGAAGGAACAAUGAAAUCUGUGACAACUGAUUAACAUUUUUCAAAUAAAGUAUUUACUGUAUGGUUCUUAGAUUUUACCAAGAUAUUCUGUAAUGUUGCAUUAAAAUGCAUUUAGUAGUCACAGCCUGUGUUCUCGUUUACUACAGAUUAAGAAGAUAUAUGGUUUUUAGUCAAAAGUUUCUGAGAUUCUACAACUUGAACCAAAAUAUACUACGAUUGGUUAUUUAACUUUUACUAAUGAAUACUCUAAUUAACGGAAUACUCUAAUUACCACUGAUAUCGAAUGGUUCUGUGGAUCUUUUCAGACAUUUCCAAGUGAAUCUUAAUAUACUAAACUGAAUGUUUCACUUCACUUGUCCAACAGACUUGAUGUUGUAUUUAGUAUCCGAGCGUACAGUGCAUGAAAUUCAUAAACAGCUGUUAAGCGAAUCAUCAUAUUGACUAUAAAAAAUAGAAAUAAAAUUCAAUGAGAGCUAUGAAUCUGUUUAUCAGCUAUACGUUAGAGAUAUUGUUCGCUAGUUUUUUCGUCUCUAAAAUACCUUACUUAAUUUCGACGGAAAUGUCUAACUGUUACCUUUAUCGUUUCUGAUUGUUUCAUUUCAGACCAUAUCUUCAUAGACCUGAUAAUAUUUUCUCUGUACACCAAGGUGUUCUUACUCCAACUUUACCAUUCAUUUUACUGCAUCCAUUUAGUUCAGUUCACCGUUUAGCUAAAAUAGCUGGAAAGUAUUAUCAACACUGGUUAAAUAAGCCAGAUCAGUUAGCUGGACCAGAUGGUAUUAACAUCACACUUAUUGACUUUUUUGCAACUACUUACCCAACAUAUGUACGUGAUGUUGUAUUAAUAAACUAUAAAACAUGGCCAAACGAUAAAACAUCUACUUAAGGUUUUUUUAUCACCAGUGUUUUAUUAUUUUUUGAUUUUCAAUUUUAUUUAUUCCCGCUUUCAUACUUCCCGAGUUAACCGUAAUUUUUUUCAAUUCUACGAUUUUAAUUUUGAUAAUUCUUUUCAUUAAAUGCAUAUGAUUACUUCCUUUUUUGUAAUAUUUAAAGAAAUAGAAUGGAAAAGCUAAAAAAAGAGUUGUUUUCUUAGUUAACGUACAAAUUAUGGUGUUUUUUGGAAAUGCUUACCUUCAGUAUUCCUAUUCAACUUCAUCAUAUGAGUACUGGACGAUGCUAUUCGUUUCCCGUCUUGUUUUUGUGUGAAUCAACUAAUGUAUUUCAAGUAUACAAAUGUGGUAUAUCUCAUUUAGACCGAAAUGAUACUAAGUGUUUGUUUUAUGAACAUAUUGAUUAGGACAACUAAAAAUAUUUAAUACAUGCUUUGAAUUUGUCAAAUUUCAGAUAACACUUCAAGAUUAAUACAUUAAUCAAUAACAAUUUACAUCAUCCUCAAAAGUGGGCUGGUAGCAAAAGACAAUUUGACAUAAUUGUAAUGAUGAGGAUGAUGAUUGAAAUCUUGGGUAGUACAGUGUCUAGUGGUCAAACAUUAACGUGCCAUAAAUACUGUAUUUGAACCGUUUGUUGGUAUCUGUUAUAUAUUACAUAUUAUAGGAAAAAGGCAUCAGUGAUUUGGAAAUAUUCAUUUUUUUUCUUUUUUAAAUACUGAACAUCAUAUAUACAAAACUAUUAACUAUCCUAUUUCAGUUAUUAUUCAACUUAUAAUUAUGCUAUUAGGGGGGAAUAUCAACCUGUAUGGUUGCAUUAAAACUGUAAAAGUUCUCAUGUUCAGAUUAUCUAUUCCUUGUUCAGAAGAUUUGCAAAGAAUUGGUAUGUUAGUUUGAUUUAACAGUGUAACAUGUAGCUUUUAUAGUUUGUUUAAGCAUACCGAGUUAUUAUUGAAUUGGAAAGUACAAAUUGUUUACUUGACAUGAUAUUCCAAGUUAAGUGAAUAUACCCUACAUAAUAAAUUAUUAAUACACCUGAUUCCCAAUAAUAUGUUGUGUACACAACAUGUUAGAUCUUACCUGUCAAGCUUUUUCUCGUGAUGUUGAAAUACUACAGUAUAGUGAAAGUUGAGAUGGUGGAGAAGAUUUGUAGCUCAGGUGGAUGAUUUUGGUGGUUUCUCUGAGCAACAAAACUCCACCAAAAUAGUGAAGGUACGUAUUAUUGACUUUUUUUCACUGAUUAUCUUCAUAUAAAUUCAGUACUAUUUGUUUUAAUAGUAGUGCUCUUAUUCCAUGAUGAUAUGUCUGUCUCACAAUUCUAAUGGUCUAUAAAUUGAAUGAAACUACAAUUAAACCUAUUUUUCAGAAGUCUUAUUAUCAUUUAAUUGAAAUCAAAACUAUCAAGAAAAUUCCGUAUUAAACAAAUUGAAAAUCAGUAGGUAUUGAAAACCCUUGUUUAGUCAAUUGGUUUCUGCACUGGGCCACCUUUUUAUCCAACUGUUCUUUUGACCAUGGUAACUCUUCAUAGCCUGUGAAAGAUGACCCGAUAAAACAUAGUUUCCCCUGAAUAAAAAUUAAACAGUCACCCGGUUUCGGUCGUCCAUUAUAUCUUUUUAGUAAUAACGGGCAUUCCUGAGAAUUAUUUUCAUUAUUAUUUAUAUUUUGCGCUAUAUCAUAAAUCAAGAAUCGAUAGUCUGCCAUUCUCGUAGAUAUUGAUGCACAUGCUCCAGUUCCUGCAAUUUUGUAUUUAUCGUAUAAUCUCUCUGAGAAAUGAUCACAUGCAGUCACAAUAUGAAUCUUAUCGUUCACAGUACGACUACUUGUUGGUAAUGUAUUUUGUUGUUUUGUGUAUAACUGGCAAAGAAGAUCACAUAUACCAAUAUGAAUCCCAUCUGGCAACCUAAAUGUAAAUAAAUCAUUAUAAUUACAAAUAGUAAUAUUUAUAGUAUCAUGACCAUUCAAAGAAAAAUAUAACUUUAAAUAUACUAACUCUUUCCAUUUAUUUUGUUGUGGUUUAUCAAAGCAAAAUUUAUUUUAUUAUUUCACGGAUUAUUGUCCGGCGCUUUAACCGGUUUGGUGGACAUGGAGAGUCCACAUAGGGGAUUCGGAAAACCCUGAUCCCAAACCAAUAGUGCACAUGGGCUCCAGUAUCCUGAAGGAACAAAUGGCGUAUGAACCAACUGUUGGUCACCGGCUACCAUGGGACUGCAUCUCCUUACGAUGCUCCACUGCCUUGUGUAUCAGACCUUCAGGUCGAAGGCUCCGGGUGUGGCCCCCCAAGAAAACCACCUGCUUCGGUCCGGGCACCCGGGCAGUAUCAUAGCCCUCACACAUAUCAAAUGAGAUCUGUGUGACGUAUAUGUAUUUGGUGCCUCUUUGUACCAAUAUCUAUUUGUUAAAAUAAAUAAAUAAACGGAUUCUUGUAUGUGUUAAAUUUCAUUUUUAUAAAUGCAAAUUUAUUAAUAUUUAUUCAAAUAAUAAAUCGUCUGUCAGUAACCUUCAUCUCUAGACGUAAAUAAAGCCAGUAAUCUGUUUUAUAUUAAAAUACUAAAUCAAUUAAUUUUAUCUUGUCUAUUAUUGUAACCAAUUAAAUAUUUCACAGAACAGAAAGAAUAUGUACUAUCAAUACACUAGAAGAGGAAGUAAUGAAUAAUUAAAGAAUAACGGAUACUCACAAGAGUUUAUUGAGAAAUAUGAGGAAUGUGAAGGU